AUGGCUGCAGAUCGUGGUCACUCGCGAUCGGAUGAGAAGCAGAUGGGUCAAGAUGUAAAUUACGAUCCGAAUCUAGACUUUUACAGUGAUCAGUUCGAUCCGCUGAAAGCGCUACAUACUUCAAACAUAGUACCACCUGUUCCUGAUGCAAAGACUUAUGAUAAUAUAUUUGCUUAUAAGAGAGCCUAUUCUGCGGAGAAAGACCAACGACCUCGAAAGCAUGUGACUGCAGAAUCCGAGGCGGGAAAAUCUGAAUUUAAAAGAAAUUGGUUGCCGCAUCAAUUGCCUAUUCAAUCUGAAAGAAAACAUCAUAGGGUUAAAAAUGUGUUAACAAAAAUGGAAUCCACCAGGGGCCCCUUAAGUGUGUUACGCAAAUGUAUCGAGGAUAAAAUUAAAGUGAAGAUUUGGACACGUCAUAGUCAUGGCAUUCGGGGAUAUAUUACAGCAUUUGUUACUAUGUUUGAUAAACACUGGAACAUGUCUCUGGAAGACGUUGUUGAAGUUUGGACCAGACCGAAGAAACGAAAAGUUCCACCUUUUGGAACGAUUAAUGCCGACAAACCACCCGUGGAUGUGGACAACAGUGAUCGUUGUUUUCCCAAAGUAACGGUACUCAAGACUGAAAAGAAACUCGAGACAUGUCGCAGGCAACUCGACCAGCUAUUUGUCAGAGGUGAACAAAUAGCUUACGUAUGUAUUUUGAAGGACUACGAUGCGUAAAUCCUGUGAUAUACCUACUUAUGUCUAAUGACAAGUAAAAUAAACAACCGAGCAACUUAUU